GUUCUCAAGAGUCCCCUGGUUUCCCUCCUCCUCUUUUCCCGGGUGCCCCGAAAAGAGAAAAAAAAACAAGCUUCAAUUCGAACUCCUUCUCCCCUCCCCCCCAUUCGGUGAGUAUAAAUACCACCGCCGAGACCGACCCACAUCCUCACAUCUGCCCGAGAACCGAUUCUUGACGGACAAAGAUAUCAGAGAGACGAGCAAAACCCCUUUUAGAGUUCGUGUGACAUCACCGAGGUUUCGAGAUGACGAGCACCGCUGGUCAGGUCAUUCGCUGCAAGGCUGCGGUGGCAUGGGAAGCUGGAAAGCCCCUUGUGAUAGAAGAAGUGGAGGUGGCUCCUCCGCAGGCGAUGGAGGUUCGCAUCAAGAUCCUCUUCACCUCUCUUUGCCACACCGAUGUUUACUUCUGGGAAGCUAAGGGACAAACCCCAUUGUUUCCUCGCAUAUUUGGUCAUGAAGCAUCUGGGAUCGUGGAAAGUGUCGGUGAAGGUGUGACGGAACUCCAACCUGGUGAUCAUGUCCUUCCUGUAUUCACCGGAGAAUGCAAGGAGUGCCGGCAUUGUAAAUCCGAGGAGAGCAAUAUGUGUGACCUGCUCAGGAUAAACACGGAUCGGGGAGUUAUGCUUAAUGAUAACGCAUCGAGGUUCUCGAUCAAUGGGAAGCCCAUUUACCAUUUUGUUGGCACUUCGACUUUCAGUGAGUACACCGUGAUUCACGUCGGUUGUGUUGCCAAGAUCAACCCUGCAGCCCCGCUGGACAAAGUCUGUGUUCUCAGCUGCGGUAUCUCUACAGGUCUUGGUGCCACCUUGAAUGUCGCGAAGCCAAAGAAGGGGCAAUCGGUAGCCAUUUUUGGACUCGGAGCUGUGGGCCUUGCUGCCGCUGAAGGGGCUCGAAUGUUGGGGGCUUCGAGGAUUAUUGGAGUGGAUCUGAAUCCAAACAGAUUUGCUGAAGCCAAGAAAUUUGGAGUCACUGAGUUUGUGAAUCCCAAGGACCACAACAAACCUGUUCAAGAGGUGAUUGCUGAAAUGACUAACGGGGGUGUUGAUCGAAGCGUUGAGUGCACUGGAAAUAUCAACGCCAUGAUCUCUGCAUUUGAAUGUGUUCAUGAUGGAUGGGGGGUUGCUGUUCUCGUCGGCGUCCCCAACAAAGACGAUGCAUUCAAGACCCAUCCGAUGAAUCUCUUGAACGAGAGAACUCUCAAGGGCACUUUCUUUGGCAACUACAAGCCAAGGACUGACCUUCCCUCUGUUGUGGAGAUGUACAUGAAUAAGGAACUCGAGGUGGAGAAGUUCAUUACGCAUGAGGUUCCUUUCUCGGAUAUCAAUAAGGCGUUCGACUACAUGCUUCAAGGCGCUAGCCUUCGCUGUAUAAUCCGCAUGGGCGCCUAGAAUCACUGAGACUGCAGACCAUCUCUGCUUUGGGAGCAGGACGAACUUUGCUGAGCUUUUGAGGUUUAUUGCUGCACCGUUGUCAUAUGACCGUGUCUUGAGGCGUAAGAUGGAAAAAAUAAAUGACCUUUGUUGCUGCUGUAAAUGGUUUUUUAGUUAUGAAUGAAUGUUCCUGCUCGUAUUCUCGCGAUGAUGUCAACUUUAUUCGUAAGAUCAUGAGAUGAAAUUUUGCAUCA